GCCAGCUCCUUUCUGAAUCUGAAACCUGCCUAGUUGGGAAUCUUCCUUUCUUUCUGAAGUUCAGAGGAAUCCUUGAACCCAGAAGAGAAGCUUUCUGAUUAGGUGCUGCUGCCAAACAAGAUGGAAGAUUCCCCAGCUGGCCUGGACCUCAGCCGUUGUCAGGAACAGAUGGAACGUGCAGAUUUUCAGGACGUUUCGACUGAUGGCAAUUCUAACACAUCCCACGAAAUGGAAAAUAUGGACAACAGUGAAGAUGCAAAAGAAUAUAAUUUGACUAAUGGAAGAGGGAGAGAAGAAGACAGUUUGCUGAAAGUCAAAGGUGAAUAUGAUGAAAAAGAAGAUGGCGCUUUGAAUCCUGAGCCAGUGGAAAUGCGAGAAGAACCUGGGGUCCUUUAUAACUGCAGGCAGGAGUACGGAGAAUAUGACCACAUUGAACUGGAGAGGAAUUCUGAACCAUAUGACCUCGUCAAAUCAAACACUGGAAAACUGAAGUGCGACAUUUGUGGAUUGGGCUGUGUCAGCCUCAACGUUCUGAUGGUUCACAAACGCAGCCACACUGGUGAGCGCCCUUUCCACUGUAAUCAGUGUGGAGCCUCAUUUACUCAGAAGGGAAAUCUUCUCCGCCAUGUUAAGCUUCACACAGGAGAAAAGCCAUUCAAAUGUCACCUUUGUAGCUACGCCUGUCAAAGAAGAGAUGCACUCACAGGUCACUUAAGGACACAUUCUGUGGAGAAACCAUUCAAGUGUGAAUUCUGUGGACGGAGUUAUAAGCAGAGAAGUUCAUUGGAGGAACACAAAGAAAGAUGUCGGACAUACCUGCAGAACGCUAGCCUCAGUGAAGCUGAAACUGCAGAGAGAAGGCACAUCAGAACUGAAAUGGGGACUGAGCGGGCCCUUGUCCUGGAUCGCUUAGCAAGCAAUGUUGCCAAACGAAAAAGUUCCAUGCCACAGAAGUUUAUUGGUGAAAAACGCCCCAACUUUGAAGUGAAUUACAGCCCUGGCUUUUUAUAUGAAAAGGAGAGAGAUGCCAUGCUGCAAGGAUGCAUGAUGGACCAAACCAUUAACAAUGCCAUUGGUUACCUUGGGGCAGAAGCACUGCGCCCACUUGUACAGACCUCAGCUGCUCCAACUUCAGAGAUGGUGCCUGUGAUCAGCAGCCUGUAUCCCCUUUCACUCACUCGCACUGAUAUGCCCAAUAGUAACCCACAGAAUAUGGAAAAGAGUAGCACCCAACUGAGAGACAAGACUAUACCUACUGACCAAGGUCUUUCUCCAAACAAUAGUGGUCAAGAUUCUACAGAUUCAGACAGCAAUCAAGAAGAGAACCAGAAUCAUGCCUACCUUCAUAAUCAAAUGGCUCCUCCUCCUCUGCAGGCCAGGAAUGGACUCUUGACUUUCAAGGAACACCCUAGAGCAUAUGACAUCUUCCGACAACCAACCAUUUGCCCUCGUGAUGUCUUGAAAGUCUUCAACAAAGAAGGCGAACCCAUUGGAGUUUAUCGAUGUGAUCACUGUCGUGUCCUUUUCCUGGAUUAUGUUAUGUUCACUAUCCACAUGGGAUGUCAUGGUUUCCGUGACCCUUUUGAAUGUAACAUGUGUGGCCACAGGAGCCAUGAUAAAUAUGAGUUCUCCUCCCACAUAGUUCGGGGUGAGCACAGAAUGGGGCUGAAAUGAGAGCAAAAUUACUCCAUUAUUAUCUGAGAUACUCAGUGUGCAUCUAUUGUAUACUGCAAGAUCAUCCAAUCUGAAGUAUAUUUAAUUAUUGAGGUUUCUCAAAAAAAAGAACAAAACAGAACAAAUCUGGACAUUGUCAUUUUCUGAAGAUGCAAUCUUCAGAAUGUUUUUUUGGAAUUCAUUUAUAGAACUAAAGUGUUCAGCAUUCUUUGACCACAAGUCAAUAAGUUUAAACUGAUUGUAAUUUCUAAUAUAGACCGCAUAAUCAGAUUUUUUAAAAGAAGAAUCUUCUUAAAUUCUAAACAUUUCUGAAACUGGUUCAGUUGUCAAUGAUAUUCUGCUUUUCAACAAUUUACUAGCUAUGUGCUAACAUUUGGCCCAGUCAUUUUUUGUCUAGUUAAACAUAUUUCGGAUGUCUUUGGGCAACGAUUUUACUGCAUUAUGCUGCUGUCUAAACUCCAGCAAACUUUACUAUAUCAUUGCACUGUAUCUUUUUAAAGGAAAACGAAGAUUGCUCCCAGACUAGACUUCUAUUAAGCAGUCAAGCUACCUUAUUCACAGAUUUCUAGUGAAAUAUCCAAAUGACAUCAUUUUCUAUUUCUAACCUUCUUGUCUCAGAAUUCCAAUAUAGAAAGAAAACUGAAAUAGCUCCACAGUGCCUUUUAGCAGCACUCUGGAAGCACAUAAUGAUACUA